AUGGAAGACUACGAACGUGUGGAAAGCGAACUGCUGGAGCAGUGCGGCCGCGUCGCUACCUUGGCGGAGUGUUUCGUGUGGUUGGAGCAGUGCAACGAGUGCAUCGAGAGCCUCGAGGAACUGUGUCGCGCCAAGCGUCCGUGUCUUACCGUCGGGCACAGACAAUCCGCGGUGGCGAGGAUCGCGCGACUCGAGGAACCGCAGCAGUUUCUGGAAGACGCCGGUAGUGUAGUGCUCGAGCGUGUGCGGGGCGCUAUAGAGAGACACGGUAGCGUCAAAGUGAACACCGCGUCCAACGGCGAGUUCAUCGCGGGUGAUAAACGCACAGUUAUGGGCAUAAACAGAAAAACUGCGAACUAUAUCGGUGCACCAAUCUGCGCGAGUGUGCCACCGAAAAUUAAGGACAAGAACGCGCUGGUCAACGUGCGAUCCAUGGACAAUACGUGCUUCGCGUGGUUGGUGAUAGCCGCUCUGUACCCCGCGGAAAGACACGCGGAACGUGAAUCGUCGUAUCCGUAUUAUUCUAAAGUGCUCAACUUCGCGGAUAUCGAGUUUCUGGUAACGCUCAAAGACGUUGCGAAAUUCGAGCGCUCGAACACGGUGUCGGUGAACGUGUACGGUAUCGAGGACGGGGAUAUCCUGUCUCUGCGGCUCACCGACUGCAAGAGGGACAGGCACGUCAAUCUCCUGUACGUGCAAGACGGCGACACAGGACAUUUCGCGACGAUCAAGCAUCUCUUCCGCUUCGUCGGCACGCAGAUUAACAAAAAGGGGCACAAGAAAUAUUUCUGCGAACGUUGCCUCCACUACUUCUCCUCCAACGAGAAACUGGAGAGGCAUAGCGAGGACUGCCAAAAGCUCAACAAAUGCGCCAUCCGCCUACCGCGCGUGGAGCAAAGGUGGCUCGAGUUCGGCAAUUACUACAUGAAGGAGCGGGCGCCAUUCGUGGUAUACGCCGACCUAGAGUGCGUCUUGCGGAAGACGGAAGACGCUGCUGGUUCGUCGUCGUACGCGUACCAGCGGCACGAGAUGUGCAGCAUAGCGUACUACGUGCACUGCUCCUACGACGGCGCGUUAUUCGAGUACAGAUGUUGGCGAGGCAACGACUGCGUCAGUUGGUUCGCGCGCCAGCUAGAAACUUUGGCGCACCGCGUGAAGAACGCGAUAACGACCAACCGGCCCAUGGACUUUACGCGCGACGACUGGCGGAGAUUCGACAGUGCGACGCACUGCCACAUCUGCGAGAGGCCGUUCGCCCCGGGCGACGAGCGGGCGCGCGACCAUUGCCACCUCACCGGGCGAUACCGCGGUCCAGCGCACAAGGGAUGCAACGUGAACUACAAGAACUCUAUGUACAUUCCGGUUGUAUUCCACAACUUAUCGGGGUACGACGCGCACUUCGUCAUACGAGAAAUAGCGACACAAUUCCAGGGACAAGUGGAUCUACUUCCUCUGACCAAGGAAAAGUACAUUUCGUUUACGAAGCACGUGACAGACACCAGUGACAAAGAUUCGCGAAAGUGCGUGAAACUACGAUUCAUAGACUCGUAUAAAUUUCUGAGUGCGAGUCUCGACAAAUUGGCGUCGUAUCUCGACAAGGACAAAUUGAAAAUUGUGCGUUCUGAAUUCUCACAUGUAUCGGACGAAGAAUUCGAUCUGCUCACUCGAAAAGGGGUGUUUCCCUACGAGUACGUGGACAGCGUAGAGAAACUGAACGAUACGCGCUUACCGCUGCGCGAAUCGUUCCACAGCUCGCUGACGGGCGAUACAGUGUCCGAGAGCGAUUACGCGCACGCCGAGAACGUGUGA